GUUAGUGCCUGAGGCCACUACUGUGGUGUUUCCACAAAAUUAUUCUGGCCCAAAUUCAUAAUUCAGAGUCUUGUCUGGUGACGGUUUGACGGGGUCAGGUUUGGACCUCAUAUCUCCACCUCUCUAUUUUGCCUUGUGUUCCAAGGUCAUCGCUCUAUCCUUUACAAGACACGAGACAAGUUCGUUUUCGUGUCUCUCUUUUUGUCAAAAAUGGAAGAAACCCCACCACCAUCAGGGACAGGCACGCCUCGCCAACAACCAGCCUGGCGCUCCGCGGCAUCAUCAAACUGGCGCGUCAAAGAUGACUCACCGCGUCUGGAACAACCAGCGAACAAAGCUCGACUCGGCGGCGGCGGCCGCUCUGAUUCGCAGUCUGAGGACGCAGCAGGCACGAGAGUGUACGUAGGCAAUCUGCUGUACACGGCGCAAAAAGCGGACAUUGAGACUUUGUUUGCUGAGCGUGGAUUCACUGUCACGAACGUGAACAUCUCGACUGAUCCGUUCACUGGGCGCAAUCCGAGUUACUGCUUCGUGGACCUGGGGUCGGCGGACGAAGCGGCACGAGCGAUCACCGAGCUCAAUGGCGUGGAUGUCCUGGGUCGUUCGCUCAAGGUCAGUCCCGGCGUUGCGCGACGUGGACCUGGCUCUGGCUCGGGCGCCGGCUUGGGUUCAGCAAGACCUCAAAGUCGAGAAGGUCGAGAAGGUCGAGAAGGACAGGACGGCGGACGCGAGGUUAGAAUGAAGAACUAUGAUCGUGGAUAUGCGAGGGAAUCAAGGGAUGAGAGAAACACAGAAUACAAACCAACCUUCGACCGAUGGUCCCGCAACGACGCCUCGACGCACUGGCAAGCACCCCAAGCCGAGGGCCGACGUCUCUACGUCGGCAAUCUCCCACGCAUUGAACCUCAAUCCGCGCUCGACGAGGAGAUCCAAUCCCUUUUCGCAACGUACUUGGCCGAGGAACAGAUCACGCCCACCGCCGUAUCGAAGCUGGUGAGCCCGCAUACCGUGCGCAACCCGACCGCGGGAAGUAACCUUGGCGAACCGGGGAAUUUGUACUACUGCUUCGUUGACCUCGCGCGCGCGGAGGACGUGGAUGUUGUGAUUGCGAAACUCGAUGGGCAGCAGGGCAGUUGGGGAGGGAACUUGCGUGUGAAUCGGGCGAGGAAUGCGGACCGCAAAGUCACGAGGGAGCAGGGCCCACGUGGUGGACAGGAUGGAGGGGAGAGGAGAUCUGGUGGCGCCAGUGCAUGGAGGAGCGGGUCGAGAGAUGUUCGGACGGAGGAAGGUCAGCAAUAGGUAUGAGAGACGAUACUCAGGAGGCCGUGGGCCUUGUGGGACUGUUCGAUCACGAAGCGAGGCUCUCGACCUACGAUUUGUACGCGCUGGAGGAAGGUGCAGUUGAUCCAGCUGUUCUGGCUUGACGGCAUGAUGAUCACAGAUGAGAUACAUGCACGUUUAGCUUCGGU